UUGUCCUGCGGAGCUCGGUUCUUGCUUCAACAGUGUUUGGACGGAACCCGAUUCCACCGCCUUUCCUCCCUCUCCGCAGAGAAUCGCUGGUAGCCUCGAGCACACUUGCAGCAAUCGAGCGAGAUACACCAAAACUGCCAGCCAACAGAUCACUUUUUGCACCAGCCGGACCAGACGCUUCUUAAAACCCGAACCUCCCAGCUAACCGGAGCGAUGGAUUCCCAGAUCCGCCAGAACUACCAUCGCGACUGUGAAGCGGCCGUCAACCGCAUGGUCAACAUGGAACUCUACGCCAGCUACGUCUAUCUCUCCAUGGCGUCCUAUUUUGACCGGGAUGACGUUGCCUUGCGACACGUCGCCGAAUUCUUCCGGUCACAGUCACAUGAAGAGCGGGAACAUGCUGACAAGCUACUUCGGUUCCAGAGCCAGCGUGGUGGCCGUGUCCUCCUACAAGAUAUCAAGAAGCCAGAACGGGAUGCCUGGGGAACAACUCUUGAUGCCAUGGAGGCAGCCCUUCACCUGGAAAAGAGUGUGAACCAGGCCCUUCUGGAGCUGCACCGCCUGGCAAGUGACCAGGGAGACCCACACCUCUGUGACUUCCUGGAGACUCACUACCUCGAUGAACAAGUCAAAGCUAUCAAGGUCCUGGGUGACUAUAUCACCAACCUCCGGCGGCUGGGAGCAUCCCAGGGGGGCCUUGGAGAGUAUCUCUUUGACAAGCACAGCCUAGGAGAGAGCAGCAGCUGAGUGUGGCAUGCCCCCCCCACUCCAUACCCCUGGGAGCACCACCUCUGUGAACCCACAGAACCUACCCGCCACGAUUACAGUUGCCGUGCCCCAGUCAAGGGGGUUGUACCUGCCAACUCUCAAUUGGCAUGCUUCCAAUAAACAAGGGUUCACCAGUUUAAA